AAUUAUGUCUUUAACCUGUCAAAUGUCAGCUGUGAAUGUCAGUGUGAAUUUUCAUUUUUCAGUCAGUUUUAGCUUUAUAUACUCUUGGAUUUUUAGUUUAUAAUAUUUUAUGUUCUCUUUGUGUCUUGUUGUGUGAGUUGUUUCAACAGUGAUAUUAUAUUACGGCUAAUUAAAGACGUAAUCCUGGUACAUUUUUCGCUUUGAAAUUAAAUUGCAUUCUUAUUAAAUAAUUGUAAACGUUGUUAUUACUUAUAUUUUAUUUUCAAAAAAUAAUAUUCUAUAUAAUUAAUGUGUACGACUCUGUAAUUUUUAAUUACAAAAAUGUCACAUCGAAUGCAAAUUGAAAAGAAGAAAGCCCAAGAAGAAAUGCGGCGUUUGAUGGCAGAGCGUAAAAAUAAAGAUAAAAAACCAAUUCAAAUAAAUAAUCCACUUGCGAAAUAUAAUAAUGCUGGACAGUUAAUGUGUAUUCUUUGCUCAUCGAUUGUACGUUCAGAAAACGUAUGGCAAGUUCAUCUUAACAGUAAACAGCACAGAGGAAAUGUCGAGCAAGCAAAGAAACUCAAAGAAAUGACAAAUAAUUUUACAGAUGAUAAAAUUAAAAAUAAAAGACCGGCAGCUACCUCCGAAGAUGCCCCACUUGAAAAGAAACCAAAGGGUAUAUUAAAGAACAGUAAUGAAAAGUUGGCUUAUAUACCACAAACCCCUAAACAUAAGGCACCUACAAUAAUGAUUCACCAUGAUGAAAAAAUUAUAAGAAAAAGUAGAAAUCCUGUAUCACAAGAAGUUGAAAGUUCAGAAGCAACAGAAGUUGAAAUGAUCCAGGAAACUGAGGCAGCAGUAACAAACCCACAACCUAUUCCUGAGGGAUUUUUUGAUGAUCCAAUUUUGGAUGCAAAGGCGCGAAAUAUAGAAUACAAAGAUCCAGUCGAAGAAGAAUGGGAAAAGUUUCAAAAGGAAAUUAAAGAAGAAACGACUACUUCUGCGGAAAUUAUUGCCGGUGAACAAGAAGAAGCAACUGCAGAACGACAAAUUGAUGAAAUAGAUGAACAAAUUCGUAACUGGUCAAGAGUUUUAGAUCUUGAACUGAAGAAAGAGGAAACUAAGAAGAAAAUUCAAGAUAUAGAUAUGUUAAAUGAAGAGGACGAUAAUGAAUCGGAUAAUGAAACGGAAAUAGAUGAAUUCUUAGAUUGGCGAGCAAAAAAAUCUUUUGUUUAAGUCUAAACUAUGAUUGUAAUAAAAUAUAGCUUCCAUUUAUUAAA